CGGAAGUGAUGGUGAGGUGCCACAUCUUGGUUUUUCGUGUAGAUUGGAAAGCAUCGCAAUGUCGUCAUAUUCUCUACCUUCUGUGUGAUUCUAGAAACAUGUAUAUUGUAUGCCGUGUGUGGAUCAAGUCUGAUUUUGAUCGAAGAAAAAUUGAUAUUCCAAUUUAAUCGGAAGUUCCGCUGAAAACGUUGUUAGGAGAUUAGUCUAGGUUCAGUUGGCUAACUGUGAUAGUACUUUUUAGUUGCUUGACGUCAUUGGAAGUACGAAAACGACGCCAUAGGUUUUCGUGAAGACCUUGCAGUUUGGAUGCAGGCAAAUCGCAUAUCAUCGAGGUACAAGCAACCGGCUUGUAGGUGUGACAGUAAUUUGUCUGCAAUCGAUCUGCUUGUGCCGCGAAUUUGAAGGUUUCCAGCUUCGUCCUCUUUCGAUUUACAGCUAUGGAAGCUAGAUUAAGCUGCGACGAAGACAUUGGUCUUCGUUUGUCAACAUCGAGUUCGAGGAGGGUAGCCAUUCUGCGAAAUCACCUAGAAUCGGGGAACACUUCUUCUUCACACUCUCUGGAAACUCUUGCUGUCUCGGCUGAGAUCGCUCCAAAAUUUUCAGGAGGUUCGGGAACCCUAACUGUGGUGGACAACAGGACAGGGAAAAAGUAUGAGUUCGAGAUCAGCGAAGGCGGGACAUUGAAAGCCACGGACUUCCAGAAGAUAGUUGCUGGUGGAGAUGGACAGGGCCUCAGAGUAUUUGAUCCUGGAUAUCUAAAUACAGCUCCAGUUCGAUCAACCAUAUCAUACAUUGAUGGUGACAAAGGGAUUUUGCGAUACCGGGGUUACCCUAUUGAGGAGCUUGCUGAGAAGAGCAGCUUUCUUGAGGUGGCUUACUUGUUGAUGUAUGGCAAUCUGCCAUCGAAAACCCAGUUGGUUGGAUGGGAGCGUGCAGUUGCUCAACAUUCGGCUGUCCCUCAAACAGUCCUGUCGGUUAUUGCUGCGCUUCCUCAUGAUGCCCAUCCGAUGGGCACAUUAGUUGCAUCCAUCUGCGCUCUUUCUUCUUGCCAUCCAGAUGCCAAUCCUGCUCUACAGGGUCAAGACUUGUACAAGUCGAAAGCCGUAAGAGACAAGCAAAUUGUUCGUGUGUUAGGGAAGGUACCGACCUUAGCCGCAGCUGCAUAUCUGCGAAUGGCUGGAAGACCACCAGUGAUGCCUUCCAAUCAACUCUCAUACUCUGAAAAUUUCCUCUACAUGUUGGACUCUUUGGGUGACAGAAAUUACAAGCCACACCCCCGGCUAGCCAGAGUGCUCGACAUACUUUUCAUUUUGCAUGCGGAGCAUGAGAUGAAUUGCUCUACUGCUGCUGCCCGCCACCUUGCUUCAAGUGGUGUGGAUGUGUAUACGGCUUUGGCUGGAGCUACAGGAGCCCUUUAUGGCCCAUUGCAUGGUGGUGCAAACGAGGCUGUUUUGAAGAUGUUGAAAGAAAUUGGCAGUGUUGAGAAGAUCCCCGAGUUUUUGGAAGAUGUGAAAAACAGGAAAAGGAAGAUGUCUGGAUUCGGCCACCGUGUUUACAAGAAUUACGAUCCUCGUGCUAAGGUGGUUCGAACUCUGGCGGAUGAAGUGUUCGCCAUCGUAGGUCGUGACCCACUCAUUGAGGUAGCCGUUGCUCUGGAAAAGGCGGCCCUUUCUGAUGAGUACUUCGUGAAGAGGAAACUUUAUCCUAAUGUUGACUUCUAUUCUGGUUUAAUUUACAGGGCAAUGGGAUUCCCAACAGAAUUUUUCCCAGUAUUGUUUGCUGUUCCACGUAUGGCUGGAUAUCUUGCACAUUGGAAGGAAUCCCUUGAUGACACCGACACAAAGAUUAUGCGCCCCCAACAGUGGUACCAAGGGGAAUGGUUACGCCACUAUACUCCUGAAAGUAGCCGCGGCACAGCAGGAAAGUCUGAGACCUUGGCGAACAUCGCUGUCUCAAAUGCAUCCAAGCGCAGAUUAGCUGGAGCUAGUAAAAUGUAACAGUUGGACUCAUUUGAACAUGCCCGAUUGUGUACAAGAAUGUUGACCUGAGCGGGGAAACAUGACAUGGUCAGAAGGUUUUACCUGGACAUAAUCUUUUUGUGAAUAUAUUCUUCCAAUUUGAAAAACUAAUAGCAUCUUACUCCACA